UUUAUUGAAAAGGAUUAGCAAUCUGGCAGAUUGGAUAAAAGAUGUAGAGGACCGGGAGACCUGGAUUCUAAGUUUAGCCAGAGAUUCCUUCCUGAUUCUGACUCUGGACUUCAGUUUCUUCCCUUAUAAGAGUAUUGGAUCUAUGACCAUAGGAUCGUAGGAUGACAGAUUUUGAUUUUGAGCUGAAAGGAAUCUAAGAAGCCAUAGUUCCCACCCCCUCACUUCACAGAUGAGUCCGUGGAGUUGGUGAUUUGCGCAAGAUCACGCAGGUAGUAAGCUUAAGAGGAAGGGUUUGGAUCCAACUCUUCUGAAUCCAGUCAGUGCCUUUUCCCUCGUAGGACUCCGGUCCCACAGUUCCUCCUUUGAUACUUAUCUAUUAUCAAGCCUCUGGUGGGGACCCGGCGGCAGCUGGUCUUGGCCAGUGAGCCUGGCCAGGUGCGGAACCUGGGGCGGUGAAGCAGCCGCACACUGGGCAGCGGAGGGAGGGAGGAGGGAGCCAAGCGGUAGGAGCUAACGAGUUGGCGCAGAUGAAGCUAAGCGUGAGCGGUUUGGGCUCUGGGUUCCGCUGCUCUGUCUUCCACAUGGGACCCCGAAGACUGCGCUGAGAGGGACCAUGGCGUUGGGUCUUCUGCUCUCGGCGCUGCUGCUGCUGCUGCCCUCCUUUGGGACUUCAGUCAGGGCUCAAGACGUCCAGGUGGAAUGCCUUCAAGUAUACCGAGGAUUCUCUGCCUGUGUACUGCAGCUGGGAAGCAGCAUGGCUGAGGCACAGGGGCUGCCCGCAGUCUGUGGGUACUGGGAAGAGUUUCACGCCUGUGCCCUGACUACCCUCCAGGACUGUGAAGAAGAAGCUACCCUGAUCUGGGAGACAUUAAAAAAGGAAUCUAGGAAUCUUCACUUUCCUGGGAACUUGUUUGAGCUAUGCAGCCCUAAGGGUUCUGGUGGGCCAGGCCCUUUACUCCUCCUACCCUGGCACCUGCUGGGCACUGCUCUGCUUCUUGUUUGGUUCUAAGCAAGCUUGGGACAGUGCAUGGAACCUGCCUCCCUGAGCCAAACCCUCUCCUGGUCCAAAGGAAAGAAGAUCCUUUACUGCCAUGUGCUAAGCCACAUGAGCCAAUGACUAACACCCACUGGUUUCCUGCCUAGGUAGCACCACCCCAGUGUCCCAUGCUGAGAAAAGAAGCUCAAUGUAUCCUUUGCAAUUAAAAACCUUCCUGUGAAGCAGGAGUCUUGCAUUUUAUGGAUUUUGCCAUGUAUCAGCAAACCUUCCUUAGAAAGUCAACUUGGAAAGAAGGGAAGCAGACCUGUCAGAGUUGACGUAUUAGAAACUCUGCAUUCCCAGUAUUAAUGAGAUUUUCCUACUAUGUGAGGUCCAAAUAAUAAUAGCUCACUUUGAAACAGCACUUGCCUUACAGCAGUCCUUUGAGCUAAGUUAGUGUAGAAAGCAUUAUCCUCACUUUACAGAUGAGGAAACAGGCCCAAAGAGGGCAGUUGAUUGGCCCAGGUCACAGUAUAGUAAACAGCAGAACCCAGGACCUCUAACUAGUGCUAUUUCCACCAUACUACUUCUUUUCAAAUCUACAAUAACUAUUAAGAGACGGCAUUGCCAGGCCAUAUGACUGUCAUGUAAAUAGGGCGUUAAGGCUUGCUUUGCAAGCCUCUAAGGAUGUUAUUGAGUCUAAGCUUCCUAACAGGCCUGUGAGGAAGGAAUUAGAAGUACCUUCUUUAAGUUCAUUACUUAUUAUUCCACUAUACCAGAAAUCAAAUUUCAAAUCAACUGAAGCAAAAGGAAAAGAGGAUGCCCUUCUACAGCUCUCCCUUCUCAUAAUAUCCUAUGGAGUCACCAUUCCCUUAUAAGAUGCAGGGAUUUAACCAGGAUAAGAAAACUUGGGGUUUUGUCUGCUGGGACCAUUGUGGAGAGAAUUCAUGCACUGGGUAUGAAGCUGGACCCCUUCCAAAACAGAAAACCUAUGUCAGUUUCUAUGCCUUUCCCCACUUUUAAAGAAUUAAACUUUAAUAAAGUCACUCUCUUCCAUCUCCUUGUAUGGCAAAAUACCACCUUUUGGACUUCCCUCAUAGUCCAAGCUUUACCCUUUCCCAGUGUUUCUCCACCCAAGCAUUUGCCUUCUUAAAUUUGAACCUAGUUAGCCUUUAACCCUCCCUCUACAACAUUAAAAUCCAGAGCAGCAUGGGAAAUUCAGUGACUUCUUAAAGUAAAAUCUACAUUCCCUUCCCAGCUCUGGAAUUAGUAAAGUGGAAAAAUCUUGGCAUUUUACAGGUCUUUGGGACAGGUUUCUGGCUCACACCUCUUCUCCAUAAAGAAGCAAAAAUUACUAUGACUCAUUAGCACCAAAAGUAGGUGCCAGGCAAAUGUGGAACAGAACAGAGACUUUACCAUCACUGUCAGCUGGGCUAAGAAAUGAUCAGGAGAUGGUGGUGGUUUCUCUCCACUUGGUUUCGAAAGCAAUUUCCUUAGAGCCUGGGAGGGGGAGUAGACUGGACUUGUAAUGGUAAGAGCAGGACAGAGGGCUAUCUAAAUCCUGAAAUGGUAGAGCAGGACAGGAACUUCAGUCAUCUAGUCUGACCUUCUCAUUUGACAGAUGAAGAAACUGAAGCUCCAAAAGGGGAAGUUAGUGGCUCAAGAUCACAGUUAGUUGCUGACUGAGACAGGACUGAAAGCAGUUUCCUGGUUUAGCAUUCUCUUCAUCAAAGCACACUGGUUCUUUACAAAUUUAUUAAUAACUCUUAUUUCGGUAGCACUUUAAGGCUUUGCAAAAUGCAGUCAGUGCAACAGCUCAGUGAGUCAGGUUGGAUCAGUAUUAUCCCUCUUUUACAAGUAAGGAAACUGAGGCUUAAGAGAAUGGCCAUUGGUCACAUCACUAGUGAGUAUCCAAACCAGGACUGGAACCCUUCUCCUCAUUCCAGUUCUUGUGUUUUUUCCACUCUACCAUCCUGCUCUGCUUGUACAAUGGAAAUGUUGCCCCUACAACCCAGGAGGGGAAACAAGAGGCCUGCACCUUUGUGAGACAUUCUUCCCAAUAGCUUAUCACAGUAACACAAAGUCAGCACAGGCAGAACUGGAAAAUACUGUAUUUCUGUACAAAGGAAGUCAAGGAGCUGUCAGCCACUCCAACAGGAAAUCCUUCCCCGAAGGAGCAUCUCGACAGCGAAGCACUCCCUCCUCCUCCUAGCCACAUCAUCCCCAACGGGAAAGAGAAAAACCCUGGAUGGGAACACUGUGCUUGUCCCAUCACUGAGUAACCUUGUAUUCCCAUCUGUACUAUAGUUCCAAGGGAAGAGGGAGUAAUUGCCGAGGGUCCUAGGAGCUACCUCGCGUAGGAAGCAGGGGCAAGGGACAGGACAGACAAGGUGGAGCCAAAGGAAGGUCACUGGCCAGUAUGUGUGUUUCAGGGUAGAAGGCUUUGGAUUUCACUGGCAUUCUGUGCCUCCAUCAGCCUUGAUGACCAUACCAUUUAUGACCUCCCCAUCCACAGAAACACAUUAUUAUCCCAAACUGAACUUCUUUGGUCCAGUAAAAUUGGAGAAGUUAUAUUUAUCCCAAGUAGGCAGGGUGACUAGACAGGCAAGUGAUUUACUCCUAUCAUGAGUUUCUUGAUCUUUUUCUUUAAAAAAAAAAAA